AUGGAAGAACCCGGUAGUUCGGACAAUUCGGUGAGUGAAGCAGCUUAUAUAGAAAAAAAGAGAGAAGAGUUACGCAUAUUCUUUAAAAAUGCCAACCUGCCCAAGGAUGUCAUUGAGAAAGCCAUCGAAAACGAACUAACUACCUUGAAAGAAUUUAAAGAUAGGCCUUAUAUAGCGGCAUCAUACCCUGGUAGAAUAAGGUCUGAAUAUGAAGUGAUGACUGGGCAGCCUUUCACUAAUGUCGAAGACCACACGAAGCCACUGACAAGUGAACAAGCUCGUAUGAUCAUAAAUGACAACCCGAUCAUUGCAGAAAAGGCGCGCCAAAUUCAAAUAGUGUCUAAAGCUGACAAAAAUAAAGGUAUGUCCAUCCCUCUAGAAGACAUACAUAUAGCGAGUUACACUGAUAUGACUACAGAAUUAGAAGGAGCCAAAGGUGAUAAAGAAAAACUAAAUAAGAUAAAAUACCAAAACAUGCAAGCUUUAUGCCAGUCGGUAACAGACUAUAAGAUCAAACUCGACAAGAAUAAAGAGGUGAAAGUGUCUACUAAAAAUAAAAAUGUAGAUACUAACACAGAAGAUAAAGAACUUGAAGCUAUUGAGAAUAUGGUAAGUCAAUUUACUGACAAGUCUUAUGAAACAAGGUUCCAGGAAACUAAGGACAUGCUUAGCAAAAUGGCAGAUUAUUAUGACGAUCCUAAUGUUAAACCAGAGGACAGAAAGACACUUGACUUAUCAGACCCAAUUUUGAAAGAAUCGUCUAGUCUUGUUGUUAAAGGAGAAUUUAAACGUACAACUAUGCAAGAGGUUCAGGAAGAUUUUGCCAUUAAUGAAGCAUUGAAUAUUUCCAACCCAGUAUCGCCCGAUUUAGACGCUGUAGUUAAGAGAGCCACCAUUAAAACCUCAACACGCAUAAAAAGUGAUCUAGAAAUUAUUUCUAAUUUUACUGAUGAUGCAAAGGACACACCUAAAACGUUUGAAACACGACUAAAAGAUACAGAAAAUGCUUGCAAAAAUAUUAAUACGCUGUUAGACAAAGGUUGUAUGACGAAAGAAUCUGAUCAAGCAAAAGUUAAAAGUAACAACAAAAUUGAAGCUGAAGUAAUAACAAAAAAUGAUAAUGAUAAGAAGAUUGCAGUUGCAGCAAUAACAGAAAAUGACGAUAAUGAUCAGAUUGCAGUUUCAGCACUAACAGAAAAUGAUAAUAAUGACCAGAUUGCAGUUGUAGCAAUAACAGAAAAUGAUAAUAAUGAUCAGAUUUCAGUUGCAGCAAUAACAGAAAAUGUAAACUGUGACGUGAUUGCAGUUGAAGCAAUAACAGAAAGUGAUAAUAAUGAUAAAAGUGAGGAAAAUACGGUUUCCAAUACACAGCGUUUUGAUGAAAGAAUGGAGCGAACUCUACAAAAUGCUCUGGAAGGUAUAUUACAAAUAAGUAACGAUGAAAAUAUAGAUAAUAAUGAAAUGGAAUACAACGAAAUGAAGCAUUUAGCUCGAAACAUUGUUGAAGGUGCUGAAAAUCUUAGUACUUUGAUUCGUGAAGAUAUAACAAAUAAACUCAAUAGCAUGAACGAAUUGCUCAAUGAUGUGAAUCAAGCACUAGAAAAAUCUAGAAAAUCAACAAAAGCAUAUCAGAAGCUAAAGGACGAAGGCGCUAUAAAAUCAAAACAGCUUCCAGAAACUACAAAUGUUACUGAAAUAAUUGAUUUAACUAAUGAUACAGAUGAGGACGAAGGGGAGGCUAAGAAUGAGGCAAUAAGCUCUGUAACAGAUGCUGAUAUCGGUUCAAUAUUUAGCGCCAUAGGUAAAUUGAACUCUGAAAUACGAGGUCAUGAAGAUAGAAUUAACAAAAGUAAGGAAAGAUAUGACAUGCGAAGUAAAGAAUGUAAAGAUUUUAUUAAAGAAGUUGACGAAGUGAUGAAAAAAUCAAAUAGCAUUCUACAUCCCACGCAGUCGCUGCGCGACUUAAGCAAGGAACUUCAAGAAUCUAAACAAAAGCAAGAUGAGAAAAAGGUGAAAGAUGAUUGUCAAGAUAAAGCAAUCAGUGCUCCUAUAAAAGAAGAUAGCAAAGAUGUAAAAGAAGAAACUGAAAAACGACGUAAAGAAUUAUGGGAUACUGAUCUUGAACCGAAAGGCGAUUUAGCUAAAAAACUAGCUGAUUUAAAAGUUAAAGAUAUCGAACGUAAUAAGAGGAUCGACAACCUUUUGUGUGACAUCAAAAAUAAAAUGAAAGAUAAUAAAGAAGUUCUACGGUUGGCUAAUAGUUUACUAAGAAGAGAUGGAAGAAAAGGUCAAGAUGAUGCCAAUGAUGUCGAUAUGAAAGCACAAGGAGACUAUGCUGGAAAACAUGUAAUAGAAGUUUUACCAGAAAAAGCUGACGAAUCAAGCAUCGGCGAUGUUAAAUCCGAUGAAGACAUUCAAGCAGAAAGGGCUAAGCUCGCAGCAGAGAAAAAGAAACAACAAGAAGAAGAAAAGGAGAAAGAAAGGAAAAGACUGAUUAAGGAAAAGAGAGAUAAGGAACUCGAAGAAAUGAAUAGAGGCCCACAGAUGACGAAGGAAUUUAUCAAGAAGCAUUGCAAGGAGCACAGAUUGUAUUCCACUCCGUACUUGAAUGAUAUUUUGUACUUGCAUUUCAAGGGUUUCUCCAGGAUCGAAAACUUGGAAGAAUAUACUGGUCUAAAGUGCAUUUUUCUGGAAAACAAUGGGAUCCAACGCAUAGAAGGCCUUGAUACACUUUCCGAAUUAAAAUGCUUGUAUCUCCACUACAACAUUAUAAAGAAAAUCGAAAAUUUAACGGGAUGCCCGAAGUUGGACACUUUGAAUUUGGAUCAUAACUUUGUGCCCAAGAUUGAGAAUUUAGACGCGGUACCGGAUCUGCAUACUUUGAGUAUUGCUCAUAAUAUGCUUUCUUCUGUCAGUGAUUUGGAGCAGCUAAAGUCUUGCAACAAUCUGUCAGUCUUGGACCUCUCUUACAAUCGCAUUGAGGAUCCUCUUAUCGUGGAUGUUCUUGAGGCUAUGAAAAUACUAAAAGUUUUGGUGUUAACCGGCAAUCCAGUAAUCCGCUCCAUCCCUGCCUACCGGAAGACGUUAACCCUCCGCCUGAAGGAGCUGCUGAAUCUUGACAACAGACCCGUGUUCCCUCGGGACCGCGCCUGUGCUGAGGCGUGGCAGCGUGGAGGGGUUGACGAGGAAAUCGCGGAGAGGAAACGCUGGAUAGCAAAAGACCAUGAGAAAACCAUGCAGAGCGUGCGUUACCUGAUACGCAUGCGUGACGAGAAGAGAGCAGAGCGUGACAAGAAGGAGAGAGAAGAAAGGGAGAAGUUAGGAUUACCUCCUAAAGAAGAAGAAUCCACUGAUGAGAUAAAACCGAAAGUGCAAGAACUGGAAGCUGCAUCCAAAUCAGAGAAAUCUGAUCCAAUUGAAGUAAAAGCCAAAGGAGUAGUAGACGACAUGCUUUCCGGCUCAGAAGCUGAUGAUUCUACCAGUGAAGAUAGUGAGGAUAGCGAGGAUGAAGGCAAAAAGAAUGAAAAGGAUAAUGGUGCAAUGACCACUGACAUCCAAUGGUCUCCCUUCAUGCGAGGCUCCCGUUACAUCCAAGAGAUCAAGGACGAACCACCGAAGCCUCCAGUGUCUGAACAGCAUCUUGACGACUACUGGUAUGGCUACAGGGGAGACUUGAAGGUACAGAUGCAGAAUCCAGAGGCAGGGAGUUUUGUAAAUGAUUUCAAGAGUAUUAACAACUUACUCUUCGGCAACCAGCCCAGAAAACCUCAAAAACCAGCAAACAAAAAUCAAGUUAAAAUAGAAGAAGUUAUGGAGGAAGAUAAAGUAGAAGAUAUUAAGGCUGAGAAAAAACCGUUAAUUGAAAUGAUUGAACCUAAAGAAGCUGUUGUUAAAGAAGAGACAGACAAAUCUGGAUUACAUACUGCCAGAUUAUUUGGUAUUGUAGAAGAAGAUAAUCUAGUGAUAGAUCAUGAUAAAAAAAUUGCCAAAGAAAAGGUUCCCACUGAAGACGCUAAGGCAGAAACAACAGGUGAUCAAAUUGCUAAGAAACCAUUCAAAAAGAUAUCGAUAACAGAAAUCAAGUCAGACGAUAAAUCUGAAAUAAAACAUGAAGUAACAGAAAGCGACAAUGUUAAAAAUGACAAUGAAAAUAAAUCAGAUGAUAAAAAAUCCGAAGCUGACACUGCUGGAAAGGGUGAUCAUAAUGAAAAACAGGAAGAUAGUAAGCCAGAAGAAACUGCGAAGGAAGCAUCGAGUGGAAAUCCAGGUCAAAGUAUUGAGGACAGAAGACAAAGUGCUGCGGCAGGUGAAGGUGUCUCUCUCAUGAACUACAUGCAAAGUGUGAACUCCAAUAACCCUGAAGACGAUGAUGAGGAUUUGAAGCCAGGUGCUGAAGACCUGGAGAUAUUUGCUGAAUUGGACCGAGAUAUGGCUGAACGAGAAGCGAGAAUAGCGCGCGGAGAACCACCUGUAGAUCCUAUGAAAUUGUACCUCAAGAAUCCCAUGGAUGACUUCUACAAAGAGCAUGAGGAUGUGGUCCCAGCUCACAAAAUAACGAAGAAGGUCGAAUACACGACGUACAGACACGACAACGCUUACGACAGAGUCGCUCUGAGCCAGCUUACUGGUGGAGAAAAACCUGAUGAGUCGAAAAUUAAACUCACUUAUGUUCCUGGAGCCAUUCAACUUCAGUAUAUUGAUCAUCGACCUUUAGAAGUCGAAUGUGAGAUUGGAGAAGAGAAGAUCGAUUCAGAACCGUCAUCAUGUGAUACUGAUUCAAUACAUAUUCCGAGUGACAAGGAUAGCGGUACUACUGAAGACGAAGAGAAGCCGGAAAUUACUAAACCUAAAGAAACUAAAACAGUUCGAGCCAAAACGGCAAAUGCAACUGGGAAGAGUAACGUUGAUCGACCGAUUAGAGGAAGGAUCAGUAUUAGAGAUGACAAGAGCAAAAAAGAUGAGAAGAUCAGUUCACGUAAAUCUAUUUGCGUUAUCGAAAAAGACAAAACUACUAAAGCUAAUGUCUCUAGACGGCAGUCUAUUGCCGCUGUAAAUGAAGGUAAACCCACAGAUCCUAAGAAAGUAAUUAAAAGAGAACCGCUGAAGAAAACUGAACCUCUUAAGAAGGCUCCCGAAAAAGCAAAAAUAGCAAAUGAGAAACCUACAAGAGUAAGACCAGAAAAUAUUGGUAAGAGCAUUACUAAGCCCGUGAAAAAGUCAACAUUGCCAGUGAAAGAGGGCAUCUCCCUUCAAACACAGACACUGAAAACUAUCAAUGAAAACAUUAAGAGCGUUGAAAAAGACAAGACAGAUAAAGUCAGUACUUAUGAAGUGGAAACAGCUGAAAUUGAGACACGAGAAGAAGUAACUACAGUACAUGAAGUUGUGACUGAUUAUGAGGAUAAAAAGUUAUUAGAAGCUGCAGUUGUGCGGAUUGACCAAGAGCAGAAAAAUAUAUUAAAAUCACAAGGCGAUACCACUGUCAGCGAAGAUAUCCAUCAUGUACAUGACAUCGACACAUCUAUUGAUGAAUCUAAUGUAGAUUUUCCUGUUGUUCACCGCGAUAAUGAAGAAACAUCUGGAAGUCGUGUAAUUGAGGACCAUUCGAUUAGAAAUAAUGAUGAAUCAGAUGAUACUCCAGCUCGAGAGCCUGUACCAACUGCUUCUACUUCGUAUGACAACAACAUGAUGUUUGUAGAUCGCGGCGAAGCUAAACAAUCAAUCAUUGACGCUAUUAACUCUUAUGAAGAUAAUCGGUUUCCUUCUCAAGGUAAAAACUCCGACGUAUCCGAAAACGCUCGGAUCGAGCAGUCAGUAGCAACCCAGAUACUAGACAGAACUCUGCACUACGAAGAACGGGAGAUGUACCGCCAAUACGACGUGCUGACUUGCCACGCUGGCAAGAUUGAUAAUCAGACCAAUGUUCUGUUGGAACAUAUGACUGAAGAGAUGCAGGAUCAUGCGCUCCCUGUAAUAUCCCAUAUCCUAACCGCCCAUAUGGACGUGGCUGAACAAGCCUGGCGAGCUGGCAACUUCGUCCCCUCAUACAUCCAAGCCACUCCCUCUGACGACGAAAUCGACGAUGAUAAUGACCACACUUUUCUACCUAGCGACACAUCUCUAGACCUUGAAGAAACCAUCACCGAUGGCAAUAUUGCUAUGAACGUGGCUCUAGAUGCUAUUAGAGAAUGCGACGAUUCUGGAAUUGCUGAUGAUUCUAAUCUUGAAUAUAAGUCUUUUCAUGAUGAUGAACUUAAUGCGAGCAACGUUGAAGUCAAUAAUGAUGGUAAAGGUGAUGCUGAAGCAGCAGGUACCAGUAUUGAAGUAAGUAAGGUUAUUGACGUUGAUGUUGAUAAAGAUAAAGCAAGUGAUGAUUAUCAAGCUAAAGGAGACUAUCAAAUAGAAAGCACUAGCAAAGGUGAAGAUAAUCCGGAAAACGAGGAUGAUACUAGUCAGGAUGGCAGAGAAACUGAUGUGACAAGUUAUUUGUCGGGAGAAGAUGAGCUGUUUGAAGACUGUAUGGACCAAACUGUCAUUGAGGACGAUUUUGAAAGAGUCGACGAGACGAUGACUUUAGAAAUGAAGAUAGCUUUAGGCAUUGAUAAGGCUUUGGAGAAAUAGAUUACCAAAAGUGAAAUAAAACAAAACACGCUUAUAAUGAGGAGGCUGAAAGGAUAGAAUAGAUGUCGCUACUGAAAUCGUUGUAGAUACCGAGUACCUACAUGUGUAGAGUGAAAAGAUUUUGCUUCGUAUUUUUAGGGAAACGUACGAACGUGUCAUGCCAUUUCAGUCAGUCUCAGUACAAGAUGUAUUAACACUGUCUAAACUCGGAUAACAAAUACGAAUGUUUCCGUAAAAACACGAACGAAAAGCUUUCUGCACUACAUCUAUACAAUCAGUAUUGCCAUGAAAAAAAAAUGACUGGCGGUGUAUUUAUUUUAUACUCUGUCAGUAAAUAAGAACAAAGAAAACUAUAUGCAUCCUUUUCUUUAGGGUGCUAGAGAAAAGGUUACCUAUAGUUUUCUUAGUUCUUAUUUACUGACAAACUUGUUUGAUAGAAUAUAGGUGUUUGUCUAUCUUCAAAGUUAUUUUAUCUACUUCAAAAACUAAAUGUGUGACACUGUGCUGUGUUGUACCUAAUAUUUUUACACACGCACUUAUUCUCUAGUCAUUUUAAACCUUUCACUGAUAUGUAUAAUUUCCAAAAUAUCAUUAGUUACUCUGACAGUUGUUCAAAGGGUUGAGUUUCUCUGUUUUUUUUCUUUAU